CUUUCGUUGGCGAUUGUUUCUGGAGGAUCUGCCCCAACAAUCUUGGCGAAGUUGGUCGUCGAUGAGUCACGUGGUCAGAGCUUAGGGCUAUUCCUACCUAACUCAGGGACCUCCUCGACGCCUCUUAUAUUUCAGCCGAGUCGUCGAACAAUUUCUCAACGGAUUACAGCGAGAUUUGCUCGCAGGAAGUUGGGACAACCAUGAAUCGGAACGGAAGUUGUCUCUUCCUUUUAAUAUUGUGCAUCGCCGCGAGUGAUUAUCAGGUCGAUUCGGACGGAAACGUUACCUUGUCGCGACGCAAACGCUACGUUGUCUUUCCCGAAGGCUCAACAUUCUCCAUCGCGCUAUGCGUCACCGUGCACACUCUGACCCCGGACAACAUUUUCACGGAGGGCGUGAACUGGGGUAUUUCGUACGAUUUGCCCAACGAGAGCAAGCCAGCCCUCGAGCCCUUCUUGCAGCUCAGACACGAUCAAAUGAAACCUGGAAUUAAGAACGCCGGUCACGCGGCCAGUGCAAUCGACAAGAAUGUCGUCAACUACCCAGGAUGGAACAGCUACGAGAAACAUUACUUCAAGACUAGUAGGAGAAAGAAUUAUAAGCCUAAUCAUUAUUAUCUGCAAAGGAGGCACCGUAGGGAUCUCUACAGUAAAUUGGAAACAGUCAUGAAUGCGAUGAAUUUCGACGGGAGGACAUGCAUGCUGCGAGCGCUCUGCGAGGCCUCUCAGCGCCUGAUGCCAAAGGGGAACACUCUCGUCGAAGAGAUGAUGAGGAUAUCACUCACGUUCCCUUUGAAGCGUCUGUUCUCGUACGAGCCGGAGGAGCAUCAUACGUAUGGCAGGGCUCAUAAAGCGGGCCACGAGGGCCAGAAUUGCGCCGAUAUGUUCUCCAGAUGCAGUUUCUCCCUCAUCGACAUGGCCCUCGGGAAAUACGACGCGCCGUGGACACGGGAGCCUCAACUUCCGCUCGGGUACACCGUGGCCACCGAUGCGGCACGCUCUUCCGGGGAGUGGACGAGGUACAGCAUGAAAUAAGACGAUGCGUCUGGGAUGGAAGACUUAGGGGUCGCGUAUCGGGAGAAAUCCAGUUUCACGGGCCUUCGCGAAAUGCUUCGGGGCUGGCCGGCUCGAUUUAAGGAGGAAGUCGUCAAUAUCGGACGUGACUCGCUCGGAUGGAGACGAUAUUAACGCCACAGAGACGGACGACAUAGUACGAGCAAUGCACGAUUAACUUUCAUGAGAUUUGGGGUCCAGGGUAGCGUAUUGUUUUAGAACUGAACUCGAAUAUUGCUUGAGUUAUCGCGUUAUCUUUCUAAAAAUGGUACUGACGCAUUCUUCGGAUGCACUUGAUUAAGAUGAGCCCAAACACGACAUAAAUUAGACUACUUUUGAGUGACUUAAUAUACAUACACAAUUAAAACUUAAUACGAUUUAAUAAUGUAGCUUUUGUAAACUUUUCGUGAACAUAAAGCUCCUUAUUACUUAUGUGAUACGAUAAACUAUAAUAUAAUUUACCUUGUUAAAGAAAGACUCUCAAAACCUUUGUAUUGUAUAAAGUGUUUAUGUUAGACAAGAAAGUGGGAAUGAUUUUAAUAUGUUGAAUAAAAAUAAAAA